CGGUCUAAGCUUGAGUGAGGGAAAAAGGAACAGAAACCCUAGAAUCAGAAAACAUGCCUGCCGGUCAUGGUUUGCGAUCCCGUACCAGGGAUUCCUUCUCUCGUCCCUUCCGCAAGAAGGGAACAAUAGCCCUUGCCACAUACCUCAGGACUUAUCACAUCGGUGACUAUGUUGACAUCAGGGUUAACGGUGCUGUUCAUAAGGGUAUGCCGCACAAAUUCUACCAUGGCCGUACCGGUCGCGUCUGGAACGUUACCAAACGUGCCAUCGGUGUCGAAGUCAACAAGCAGGUCAGGAACAAGAUCUUAAGAAAGAGGAUUCAUGUUCGAGUGGAGCAUGUUAUGCCCUCCAGAUGCACUGAGGAAUUCAAAUUGAGAAAGAUCCAGAAUGAUAAAUUGAAGGCCGAGGCUAAGGCCAAAGGAGAGGUUAUCAGCACCAAGCGCAAACCUGAAGGCCCCAAACCUGGCUUCAAGGUGGAAGGUGCUACACUGGAGACUGUUACUCCAAUACCAUAUGAUGUUGUUAAUGAUCUCAAAGGAGGAUAUUAGAAGUUUAUUGCCAUUUUGUUUUCUUUGUUAGACUUGUGCCUGAGUUGGUGAGUUGGUUUUGUUUUUUUUGUUAUCUUUUUUUUUAUCUGAACACCCUUCAAAUUUAUGAAACAUCAGACUAAGUUUUUGUUUUGUUUCA